AACAUGUUAGUCCUGCUGUUUGGGAUCCUGUUCACAAUGAGCAAAGCAGACAGCGGUGAUUUCAAAGAGUCGCUCCCUAAACCUCAACUAAGAGUGAGCCCAGAUGUGAUUACUGAGGGGACUAAUGUAACUCUAACCUGUCAUUCUGAUUUACUACACAAGGAUACAACCCUGGAAUUUGGUUUAUACUGGAAUGGAUUUAUAUCAUACAUAUUCAGUAAAGACAACACAUGGCACAUUUAUUCAUUUAAGAAAGAAUUUUGUGGAAAUUACACAUGUGGAGUAAACUCUUCAACUAGUCCUAAAGAUAUAAUAAUGAGUGAUGUUGUCAAUAUUCAGAUAAAUGAUUGGAGCUCCACGCCAGCUGUAAGAGUGAGUCCAAAUGUGACCCCUGAAGGUUCUGGUAUGUCCAAAACUUAUAAUACUCCAACAUCACCAGGAGUCACUUCAGAAGACUCUCAUGUGAUCUUUAUGCGCAGGACUGGACAAACGAAACCUCCUUCUGACCAAUCAAAUGCAGACGUUCCCCUGGCUAUUGCAGUAAAUGAAAACCCAGCUUCUUCUGAGCAGCAGCCUCCCCCAGGAGCUCCCCCUGCUGAACAAGACGUGUGCUACACCUACAUUGAUAUCAAUCAUCUGCAGAAAACUUCAUCAGCUCCACCACUGUCUCCAAUCGAUAAUGAUGUUACUUACUCUCUGGUGAUGCCCAAGAAACACAAAUGAUCAGAAUCCAACAAGAACCUUCCAGAACUUCCCCGACAGCUUUCCCUGCCUGGAUGUAGGAUACGGAACUGAUCAGUAUUAUAACUGGUCCCUAUAGAUGUAUCUCUUCUGUAUUCUGAUGGCAGAGAAUUUGUGAUUCACAUGGAGAAGCCGGAUACACAUAGGGACUUGAAUUGAAUGUGUGUGUGUGUGUGUCUUCUUUUUAUUAACUCACCUGCACUGGAAUCAGGGAUUAUACGGAUACUUACAGUCCAUUAUGUUCCACUCAUUAACAUUCCCCAUUCAUGUUUCUUAUAUUUUAUAUUUGCCCCUUUGUAUAGUUAUUACUAUUUGUUAUUCUGUUUAUAGUACAACAUGUUUCUAUUCUGUGGAAAAUAUGUUUUUGCUUUAUAAUUCAUUGAAAAGUGAUAUUGUUGUUACUGUAAAUGAUAAGGAUAUUAGAAGUGAACUCUGAGUAUCACUCAUGUAUUAUAAUGGAUAAUGUACCCCCUACUGUAAAUGAUAAGGAUAUUAGAAGUCACUGAGGGGUUGUUCUGUGACCAUAUAAAGGCACAAGGCUGCAGGCUGAGUUAUACAGGGAACUCUGAGUAUCACUCAUGUAUUAUAAGGGAUAAUGUACCCCCUACUGUAAAUGAUAAGGAUAUUAGAAGUCACUGAGGGGUUCUGUGACCAUAUAAAGACACAAGGCUGCAGGCUGAGUUAUACAGGGAACUCUGAGUAUCACUCAUGUAUUAUAAGGGAUAAUGUACCCCCCUACUGUAAAUGAUAAGGAUAUUAGAAGUCACUGAGGGGUUAUGUGACCAUAUAAAGGCACAAGGCUGCAGGCUGAGUUAUACAGGGAACUCUGAGUAUUAGGGACCACCAUGUGGGGUUUUACCUUGACGUGGUAUGGUGGCUUAUCAACAUUAUGAUCAUAACUUUGUAACAAAAAAACCCUGUUUCAAAAUUACAUGCAUUUGCAUAUUUACUUGAAUUAUUUAGACAGGGCUUUAAACUUUUUGAAACUCUGAGUAUCACUCAUGUAUUAUAAGGGAUAAUGUACCCCCUACUGUAAAUUAUAAGGAUAUUAUUGACAAAGCCCACGCUACUUUGCUAAAUCAAUUCAGUAACUAAUACAAAAGAUUUUUAUUUUAUUUUCUCUUUCCUUUUUGUUUUGUUAAAUUAUUUUAUUUUCUAAGCUAUUAUUAAUGGUGCCGCAUGUAGAGUCUUGUGUAGCUUCUUAAUAGUCAUAUGUGAACGCUUUUGUCAUUUCACAAAACUCAAUAAAAAUAUUUAAGCAUA